AUGUUUUCCGAUCCCGAUUUCUUAGGUCCUUUUAAUGGGAAAAAGUGGUCAAUUAAAACAGUUGAUGUUGAAAAUUCUCGUGUUCGGUUCCUUGGUAACUUGGUUCUAAAUUUAUGGGAUUGUGGCGGUCAAGAAACGUUUAUGGAAAAUUACUUUGCUACCCAACGUGAGCAUAUUUUUCGUAACGUUGAAGUACUCAUCUAUGUCUUUGACGUAGAAUCUAGAGAGAUCGAAAGAGAUAUGCAUUAUUACCAAGAUUGCCUCGAGGCGAUAUUAGCAAAUUCUAAAGAUGCAAAGAUUUUUUGCUUGAUACACAAGAUGGACUUAGUACAAGAAGAAUUAAGAUCUCGAAUAUUUACCGAAAGGCUCAAUGAACUAAAAACACGAUCUGAACCUUUAAAAAUCACGGCAUUCGCAACAUCCAUAUGGGAUGAGACACUUUAUAAAGCUUGGUCUUCAAUAGUUCACUCUUUAAUUCCAAAUGUAAGAUUGCUCGAGUCACACCUUCAGAAUUUCGCCACAAUAUGUGAAGCAGAUGAAGUUGUGUUGUUUGAGCGAACUACAUUCUUAGUUAUUUCUCAUUCUACACGAAUCGAACAUACGGAUGUGCAUAGAUUUGAGAAAAUUAGUAAUUAUAUGAAGCAAUUCAAAUUGAGUUGUAGUAAAGCUCAGGCACAAUUUAGGAGCAUGGAAAUUCGACAGGCGAAUUUUGCCGCUUUUUUUGACGUUUUAACCACAAACACAUAUGUUAUGGUUAUUAUGUCAGAUCCAACUGUUGAAUCAGCUGCAACUCAAAUGAAUAUUAGCGUUGCACGAAAACAUUUCGAAAAGUUAGAAGUAGCACACAUGACGCGAUAA